AUGCCAAAGAUAACGUUCAUCUCGCGAUUGACGGAUGGACUGCCGCUCGCAGCUUCCCUGGCCGACGAAAAGGACGCGUUCGCGCUAGAGCUUCAAGAGUACGAGCGACAGGCGAAACGGAUCCUCAAGGGUCUCACUGCCGAGUACUUGGCUGGCGGACGCGGCAGCGUUCCGGCUUCUCGGAAAGCCGCCAGCAUCGAAUCGGGCGCCUUCACGUUUCACUAUUUGCUUGGUGACCAGGUGGCUUUCUUGACGCUGAGCGAAAAAGCUUAUCCGCGAAAGUUGGCGUUCGCGUUUCUCGACGAACUUCGACGGGAGUUUGAAGCAGUUUAUGGAGCCCAGGUGGCACUGGCGAACCGACCCUAUGAGAUGAUUCGCUUCGACAGCUUCAUCCAAAAGACGAAGAAAGUGUACUUGGACGCCAGUGCUGUCCGAAACCUGGAACGCCUCAACUCAGAGCUUUUGGAUGUGCGCGACAUCAUGACGAGGAGUAUUCAGGAAGUGCUUGGACGGGGCGAACGUCUCGAAUCACUGCAGAAUACCAGCGCCAUGCUAUCAGCAGAGUCGCGCAAGUACCUCCGUCGAGCGAAACAUGCUCGUUGGAUGCUACGGAUUCGACAGUACGGGCCUAUGAUGGUGAUUUUGGUCAUCAUUGCGGUACUCUUGUGGUUUUUCAAGCUACGUGGGCGAGGUGCCACUGCAGGUUUUACCUGA